AUGGUUUCAAAAGAAAAAUUACAAAAAUAUACUGUAGAAUUAUUAUCCGAAUGCUUUGGAACAUGUAUUUUAAUACUUAUAGGUGAAGCUGCUCUUGCUAAUUAUAAAUUCGCUCAACAAACAUCUCAUUCUACACUUCCAAUUACUAUUGCAUUUUCUAUUGGAGUUUAUGCAGGUAUUGUUAAACAAAUUCAAAUGAUUGUUGUUAUAUUUAUUAAUUUCAUUUUAGCGUUAAUGAUUGCCGGGCCUAUUUCAGGUGCACAUAUAAAUCCAGCAGUUACUAUAUCGUUAAUGACGAUUGGAUUAGUAAAACCAUUACAAUGUAUGUUCUAUAUAAUCGGUCAAAUACUGGGAGCAUUUUUAGGAGCGGCUUUAGUUUAUCUUGUUUAUUUAAAUCAAUUUAAUAAAUUUGAUGGUGGUAUAAGACAAAUGACAGGUCCUAAUGGUACAGCUGAUAUAUUUUUUACAAUGCCUUCUGAUGGUGUACCUCACUGGAAUACAUUUCUUGAUCAACUUAUAAUUGCUGCUAUUUUAAUGAUUUUUAUAAUGGCACUUACACAAGAUUUUAAUCAUAUGACAUCAGAAGUAACAAAACCAUUUGCAUUUGUAUUAAUCAUAAUAGGAAUAACUUGUGCAUUUUCAAUCAAUGCUGGAGCUGCACUGAAUCCUGCUCGUGAUUUUGGUCCACGUCUUUUCGGAUCAUUUAUAUAUGGUCGAAGUGAUGUAUUUAGUAUAGAUAAUUAUUUCUUUUUUAUACCAAUAAGUGGUCCAAUCCUUGGAGCUAUUGCUGGUGUAUGGAUUCAUCAAGGUUUUACUUAUAUUAUUAAAAACUAUGGAGAUCCUCGUAUUACCGAUCGUGUAGAUUUAGCAGCAAUACGACAGAAACUCUAA